AUGGUUUGGAUGAUCAACCUUCUGUGCUUGACUAUGUCGGGUAGCACUGUGGCUCUUAUCUGUGGCACACUACGCCAGAAAAUAUGGCUCUGGGGGGACAUCUGUUUUCUCAUUGGCUUCAUCGUCUUCACUUAUAAACGACUGGCCAGACAGAAAACUGUUGACGACCGGAACCUGCAAUGGCUGACCUCUGUCAACGCUCUCACCUACUGCGGCCUAGCCUACCUGGCUGGCGUCGGAGCAGCCCUACUGGGCAUCGGAGGAGGACUCAUCAAAUCGCCUCUUCUCAUUGCCAUCGGGUUACGACCAAUCAGUGCAGUCGCGACGUCUAACUACAUGGUGGUUUUUACGGCAUCCACGAACGUACUGUCGUACAUACUGGCUGGGCGUUUAAGCCUCGUAGAGCUGCUGUCCUUCGCUCCCCUGUCGUUUGUGGGUGGGAUAAUUGGCGUGGUGGUUUUGCGCAAACAUUUUGCAGGAACGACUGUGCAAAGUACGCUGGCGCGGAUCCUGGGCUGGACCAUCAUUGUGGGCGGCUUGGCCAUGCUGGCGUCGGGGCUGUACACGCGGUUUGGGAGACACAUCUCUGACGAACGCACCUUCGGCGACGCCUGCGAUGACUUGCACGAGAAGAGGCCCUUUUUCAAUGUGCUCCUACAACACGAUUUAUAA